CUGAGAGCGCGGAUGCCCAGCGCUUGCGAGUGAGCCGCGGUCCAUAAGGCAGUCGGGCGCAGGUAGCUGUAUGGCGUCACGCUGGCCCCCUUUCCUCCUUGCUACGGCUGCCCUUCUCUUGGGGCCCUCCUCUGGCUCCUCCUCACACUCCCUGCACCAUUUUUAUCUGGGGGUGUCGGAGUCCACUCAGGGGCUUCCUAGAUUCACUCAGGUGGGGUACCUGGAUGACCAGCUUGUCACUCGCUACAACAUCAGUGCAAGGAGGGACCGGCCUCAAGUCUCCUGGUUGGAGAAAGCGGAGGAUACCCAAUACUGGGACAGGGAGACUCACGAUGCUCGGCUUGCUGAAGAUUAUUUCAAGAAGGCCCUCCUGAUCUUGCAACGGCGUUUUAACCAGAGUGGAGGGCUUCAUACCUGGCAGUGCCUGGUUGGCUGUGAGCUGAGCAAAGAUGGGGAGCAGAAAGGAAGGUCCAUGCAGUGCGGCUAUGAUGGGAGGGACUUCAUCAGCCUGGACAAGGAGACCUUCACCUGGACGGCAGCCGAUGCCAAGGCCCAAGUGACCAAGAGGAAGUGGGAAGCUGACCCAGAUAUUGUGAAUACAUGGAAGGGCUACUUGGAGGAGGAAUGCAUUGAAAGCCUACAAAAAUGUCUUGUCUAUGCCAAUGCAACUUUGCUGAGGACAGAGCCCCCAACUGUGAAGGUGGCACGUAAGAUGGGCCGUCAUGGCCUGGAGACCCUCAUCUGCCGAGCUCAUGGCUUCUACCCCAAGGAGAUCGAUGCCACCUGGAGGAAAGACAAGGAGGUCUGGGAACACGAGACCUUCCGUGGGGGAGUCACUCCCAACUCAGAUGGGACCUACCACACCUGGCUCAGCAUUGAGAUCGACCCCAAGGACAGGGAACGCUACCGGUGCCACGUAGAACAUGAUGGUCUUCUGGAGCCUCUGGACUUGGCCUUGGAGGAUCCUGCCUCGGCAUUUGUGGCAGCCAUCGUGGUAGCUGUCAUAGUUGCUGCCUUGGUGGCUGUGAUAAUCCUUUUCAUCAGUAUCAGGAAAUACCAAAAAAUAUCUGCAAAACACUGCUGUAAGUUAUGCUGCUUCCUGAAAUGUUACUGCAGAAGAGCAGUAACUGGAUGAAGAGCAGUAACUGGAUGGCUUUAAGAGGGGUUUGGAUGACAUCAUGGAGGAGAGGUCUAUCAAUGGCUACUAGUCGGAGGGCUGUGGGCCACCUCCAGCCUCAAAGGCAGAAUGCUUCUGAGUACCAGUUGCAGGGGAGAAAUGGCAGGUGAGAAGGCACGCCCUCAACUGGUGGGCCACUGUGCGAAACAGGAUGCUGGACUAGAUGGACCUUGGGCCUGAUCCAGCAGGGCUGUUCUUAUGUUCUAAGAGGACAGCCUUCAGAGAGACACCUCGUGGAUACGCUGAACCGCAAAUAAGAAGCUUCUCCUAUAUCUGUACUUUUGUAUUUUAUUUAUGCAUUGUUUUAAUUGCAUUGUAAACCGCUUUGAGAUUAUUUUAAUGAAAAGCGGUAUAUAAAUUGAACAAAUAAAUAAAUGAAGUCACCCAUUA